CUUGAAGUCUUCAAAUCUGCAUAUCAAAUCUAAUAUACCUGUUCAACGUCUGACACGUCAAUGUCAAAGUUCGGGCGCGGCUGGUCCCGCUCAAUCAGUUGUCGUGUGCUUGACAAGCCUGAUCAAGCGGCAAAAAGGGGCAGCUCGGCCACCAAAUACCCACCGGAUGAAAUUGGCCAAUUUCACAGACCAUUUCCCCAGAUUUGCGAGACCGCCAAUCUACAGCCCUCUCCUUAUCACAGUAGCGUUUGUUCGCGUUCUCAAGGGACAAUGGCCAGACGGUGCUUGAGGAGGAGUGUUGGAAUUGCACUGAUGGCUAUAGAAGGCGAAGGAAUGGAAGCAUCCCUUUGCGAAUUCAGGGUCUCAGAUAUCAGACCCAACGCUUGCCCACAAACGUCACAAUCAUCUCUGGAUAUCAAAAAUUCAUCUCCAACGACGCGUCCAAGCUUGUGGACACGACGCAAUCAGAACAGAUCCCGGGUUGACGGGCGGGACCAAUCCUGACCUCACUAAGGGUUCUUGAUUGACCAAGCGCCCCAGGCCCCCUGACUGAGAGAUUGUAUUGGACCAAGCAAAAGCCUCGAGGCUCGCAUCUAUCGAUAGACCUUUGUGUGAGCCGUCUCCUCAGUUUCAUGCCACUCGUAUCGUCGUUGCAUUUUGUACCUCGAUUCAUUCAUUAACUUAAUCUGUGGCCGUUUUGUGCUGCUGAUUGUCGCAACCUCACCGGCCCUUGUCGCUCAUUACCUCACGCUCGUUGAAUCGCAUUGUCCUUUGCCCUCACCCGGCGUCCACUCGUUACCGGCAACAUUCCCGUUGAGACCACGUCGAGGUCUCACUUCAACAAUCACGGCUUCCGCAGUUGCAGCACCGAUCUUUCGAGGUUCGGUCCUCGAUCCUCCAUAUCGACCACCGUCGACACCAUUGUAUGAUUCGAGGUUGGAAGAAUACAGCAGUUCAAGAAGAAGUCAGUAUCGGGGGGUAUCACCGUUGCCACCAACGGCAGUCUUUGGCAAAGAUAUAUCACGGCCGUCAUCGACCAACCUUCCAAGUACCGGCAGUUUAUUUCUCAACCAACCUCAAUUCCAUACACGCAGUGCCAGCGUUGGUCUUGGCGAACGAGAAUAUCAUUCUGAGCCCAGACCUGCAUUACCAGCACUGUCAUCGUUGACUUCUCUGGCCGCCACGCCCCCGUCUCUGAGGGCAUUUGGGAACUAUGGCUCGUCACCUUUGGGAUUGCCUGGCAUGAUGCCACCGAUUCCGACACCGGGAAUUGCUGGAAGCGCACCGCCGGUGUGCCAGAAUUGUCAGACCUCGACUACGCCGUUAUGGAGGAGAGACGAAGCUGGGUCGGUGCUAUGCAACGCCUGCGGACUUUUUCUCAAGUUGCACGGCCGCCCGCGCCCAAUCAGUUUGAAAACAGAUGUGAUCAAAAGUCGCAACCGAGUCAAGACUGGCAACCAAGGACCUAAGAAGAAGUUUGAGCAGAAUGGUCUCCCCGCUUCACAGUCCGAAAUGCCCACUCUCAAUGGCAUCAAUCCCCAUCGACGUGUCUCACAAAUGGCCACUUCAGUUACCUCGGAGCGGUCUCGUUCUCCCGUGUCGCGCACAGGUACUCCAGGUAUUCAUGACCCCAACAUUGCUCCUCAGCAUGUCUUUGAUGGUGUGGGCAUGUCGGAGCAUUUCAACGGCUCGCCCUCUCUCCCUGCACUUCCUCUCACCAACCACUCACCCUCGGGCGCUGCCCCUGUGCAAGAUCGUCACGCCGAGAACCCCAUGACUUAUGAACAACUGGCCACGGCCAAUACCAAUUUACGCACUCGAGUAUCAGAGCUGGAAGUGAUCAAUAUGGUAUAUUCAGACAACGAGACCAACCUGCGCACCGAGCUGGACCAGGUGACUCGUGAACGAGAUGAUCUGAAACGACAAAUCCACGAGAUGCAAAGGCAAUUGAUGGAACUUAACGAUCGAGACCACCCUUCGAAACGAGCGCGGCUGUCCAACGAACCUUGAUCAUGAACAUGAGUUGUUCACGGCGACCUCACAUUCCUCAGUGAUACCCCAACACGACGAAUUUUCUUUUGUUUCUGCUCGGUCUGGAUGUGCCACUGGUGCGGGUGCUACUGCUGGUGAUGAAGAUGAGUUAAAGGCGUAAUAUAUAAUAUCAGCACGGCAGGCGUUGAGUGUGACAGGGAAAAAAAGACAAUGUCUGUAUAUCCAUGUUUGUUUCUGUCGGUGCCGGUGUCUCUUGCUGUCACGCGACUGAUGGACUGGACAUUUGGAUAUGGGCACACGGUUGCACAAGCACAAGAACAAGUGAUAGAUGGCCACAUUUGGCUGAUUAGGACAUGACCUGGAUUACGAUUCAUUCAUGCAUGCCAGGACUGGAUUGAUACGGGACUGGUCGAUGAGAGAAUUUGGGUUGAUAAAUCAAAACUGGUGAUGACUUGGGAGGUAGCGUACCCAUUGUCGCCAAUAUUACUAUUGAACAUCACAAACA